AUGAGACCCUCACCCACCUUCUUUCUCCGCCGCCCAACCCUCGCACCCUCCAGAUCCUCCGCACCCCCGCGCUUACGAACAAGACGAUAUGAAUCAACCACACCUCCGAAACCCGACCCUGCGCCUAAAAGCGAGACCCCGAAGUCUUCCCCCUCGCCAUCGAAGUCACAACCAAGUCCUGCUCCCACCCCGCAUCCAGAAGCGCCCCCAGCAGUGCCCGCGCGGUCGGGGCCACGAUCGCUGCGCCAGAUAAUCCAGGCAGGACCUGUGGGAAGGCUAGGCCGGUCGUACUCCCGGCUUCAGGAGACGAGGCCGUAUACUACCCAGAUCUGUAGUUCGAUUGUGAUCUAUUUGUUCGGGGACCUAAGCGCGCAGUAUUUCUUUCCUCCGGAGAAGGCGUCGAGUGCGGCGCAGAACAAGACCACUGAGUCUGGUCAGGGUGAAGAUGGUGCUGCGGUUGAGGUGGGUGGGUAUGACCCGUGGAGAACGAUGCGCCAUUUGACCGUGGGUAUUGGAUCAAGUAUCCCAUCAUAUAACUGGUUCAUGUUCCUGCACAACCACUUCAAUUUCACAUCCAAGUUCCUCUCCAUCCUCACCAAGGUCGUCGUCCAGCAAGUCGUCUUUACUCCCGUCUUCAACACCUACUUCUUCAGCGUCCACUCACUGUUAUCUGGCGCGUCGUGGGAAGAGACACUCGAGCGGCUCCAUGUCGCUCUGCCACGAAGUAUCGUGAACAGCGCCAAGUUUUGGCCCAUGGUUACGGCAUUCAGCUUCAUGUACGUCCCGCCGCAGUUCCGGAACGUUUUCUCCGGAUGUAUUGCGGUUGGGUGGCAGACCUAUCUGAGCUGGUUGAAUCAGAAGGCCGCCAAGGAGGUAGAGGGUGCGUUGACGGAGCCGGCUUCGUCGUCGUCGCAAGUCAGUGAUGGGAAUAGAGUCCCUAUUAGGGCAUAG